AUGGGGCACGACAAGAGACUUUCCUCAGACAUCCUCAUUUCCAAUCUCGAAUCUGAACCAAACGGGAACAUCAAUCCAAAUUCGUUAGCACCGUCGCCAAUCCUCACACAGCUGCUCAGCAUGUCUCCGCAAAAACAUCACCACGGCCAUUCACACAACCCUCGACACCAAAACCACGACUCAAACCUCCGCUCUUACCACCACAACCAUCCUGUCCACCCGUCCAACGAUGAAACUAACACUGCAGCCUUCAUCUCGACCAAUCCCACGACUAACCUACACGCGACAUCCUGCACUAAACUCAUGGGCGACCCCAAGGGCGCCAUGCACGGCGUGGCAGGAAGUUUGCCAGCGGCCACGGGCACCGUGCUAAGAAAUAAGGACAUGCAGGAAAAGUGGUAUGAGAAGAUGAGCCAGGAAGAUCAACAGCUUGCCGCGAAAGGUGGGAAGCCACCAGUUGGCACGAAGACGAGGGAUCGGGUCAUUACUGAGCCUUCAUCCCAGUAA